CAGCAGCAGGAGCAGGAGCAGGAGUCCACAGGAGGGAAUAUUUUUUGUGUGCUGUGCUGUUUGUACUGGAAUUUUUCAGCAGGAAUCUCUGGCUCUAAAGUAUGGAUGGAUUUACCACAGAAGAGUGAGUCUGCUGUGCAGACAGACAGGCGCUGCUGGUUCUGACUGAGCCUCCUCUUUUCUCCAGAACACUCAGACUCAGCCUCACCAUGUCCUGGUUGUUGGCCAUGUGGAUUAGCCUGGGCUUCCUGCUGCUGUGCCAGGCCACCCUGUACCAGACCAUCCAGCAGCACCACGUGGCCCGGCCCGGCCGCACAGACAUCCUCACCCUGGAGGGAGGCACGUGUGAGGUGAUCGCCGCCCACCGAUGCUGUAACAAGAACCGCAUCGAGGAGCGUUCACAGACGGUCAAAUGCUCCUGUUUACCGGGGAAAGUGGCCGGGACGACGCGCAACAAGCCCUCCUGCGUGGACGCUUCCAUCGUAAUUGGGAAAUGGUGGUGUGAGAUGGAACCGUGUCUGGAGGGAGAAGAGUGUAAGACUCUGCCUGACAACUCUGGAUGGAUGUGCUCCUCUGGGAACAAAAUCAAGACCACAAGGGAUGCUGAUCGAAGGGGGGCUUUCCAGCCUGACAAGGUAAGGCCGCAGUAUUUGGUUUUCCUUUAAAUAAUGCACAUCUCAAAAUGAUGAUGAUUGUAUAUGUAACCCAAGCCUGUAAAAGUCCCAGAUCUGUGGAUUCUCUUCAGAUUCUUACAAAAUGUUUUAUUUUCACCUCAGUAAAUGUCACGUUGACUCCAUUCAGACCUGGUAGUAACAUCCGUAUUAACUUUCCCAUUACGUCCCCAUUGCAUCCUCUAAGAUCUGAUCACAAAAACCACAUUUGGACGUGGUUUGAGGACGCAGGGGAUUCAGAUUCUGAGUUUAUAUUUGUCCAUGUUUGCACCCUUUCCAGUCUACCUGGGUACAAUGUGGACAUGGACUUCAUAUGGUUUCAGUAACAGGGCACCUGAUGGGGCCCCACGUGGAGGAUGCAUCAGAGACUCCGCCUCCUCUUAACUAGCCAAGAAAGUUGUUUUUAUUCAACUUCCUGUUUUUCACUUUUCAAAGCGUCAAUCUGAAUAUUUUGUGAUGGGGGGAGUCUGUUCCCGUUCAUUUGUGUCGUCUCAAGGUAGAUUCUUAAUUAAAGAAAUCCCUAAACUGUCUCUCCAUUAAUGGGCAAAACUGACUAUGAGACUACGUUUCAUCCGGAUCUGAUCCAGAUUACAGAUUUGGCAGCAUGUUCAGAUUAAACAUGUUUCAGACGUUCCACACAGAUCGAGAAAGUCUUCUGGAUCCAGUGGAUCAAAGUGUUAAGGAUGCAUUUUAAAGUCAUAUCGCGCUAACCAUGUGAUCAGAUCACGGAGGAUGUGUUUUAUUACAUGGUCUGAACAGAGGACAGACGUCCUCGACACAUGAUUAUAGAGAGACGAAAGAAUCGGAUCUAACAAUGUGCACAAUACAGAGAAACAUCACUUUCUGGGACUUUGCUUCGCCCAUAGGAAACAGUCACACUUCAAUAAAUAGAGAAAAUGCAGAUUUAUUCACUGGAAUCAAACAGGUCAGAGGUCAAGCUUCUUUUCUACCCAAAAACACACAUGUGUUCUUUUCUCUUGACCCUCUCUUUGCAGAACACCCAGCCAUACUCCCCUUUUUAGCUUCUGGAAGCAAAAUGCAAAGGAUGCUUCGACAGAAACUGAGCUGCAUUCUUGCUUCUGUAAAGAUUCAUCCCAGGACCUAACAGAAAGCUCCCCGCUGCCAGAGCCGCGUGCCAGGCCUUUUCCCCUCCCAUCAACCCGUCCCGACUCCCUUUCUAUUCCCAACCAACGGACUCAAACUCUUACACCCGCUGCUGCUGCUGCUGCUGACUGGAUUACCUGGGACCACACAAAGGAUAUCCACGCAGAUAUAACAGCUUUGCUCACGUGGUGCCAAGGAUUUGAAACCAGACUUAAUCCCAUGUUUGAUCAACGAGCGCCGCGUUGGUGACUCUUCCUCUUCCACGCAGCUGUGGCCAGUUUCCAGCAUUCUCUCUCUCUGUCUCUCUGUCUCUCUGUCUCUCUCUCUGUCUCUCUCUCCGUCUCUUUUACCCUCAAUUUGUCUUGUAAAAACUGAACCGGCUUAGCGCGGGUUACUCGGAGGUUGUUAAAGCAUUAUCUGAAGACGUUCAGGAGGAGCUCUCAUGGAACGUUGUGGGAGAAAUGACCGUGAUCUGCUGUUUCUCUCUGUGUGGAAGGUGUUUGUGGACUUCACUGCUUCACUGGAACAGUUUUGCCGUGAGGACGCGGUUUAGCCGGUGAACGUGACCACGAGACCACGUGACCACGGACUUUUAUGUGUGGGCAUGCCCAGUGUACAUUCAUCAUCACUUCUUUUCUUUGUGUGUAAGAUCAUUUGUGUAUAUAUACAUAUACAUACAUACAUAUAUAUAUAUAUAAAUACAUUACAGAUAAGAGCUGAGGACCCAGUCACAUGACCCUGUUCAGAAUUGGUAUCAGCAUCCGUAAUGAGUAAUCCAACCACAGGCAGACCUCACGAUAAGCUCCGCCCAAUGACCGCGGACAUUUUCGAGUUUCAAGUAAAAUGGUAAAAAUCUUGGUAGAACUUGACAAUUCUUGUCCUGCAGUGAAAGCCAAAGGAGACAAGGUGGUGAUUUAAAGGUGACUUAAAGUGUUCAACUGCAGAUUUAAUCUCCAUGGUAACUCGUUGUACUUCCUGUUAUUAGACCUUAGAGCUCGGGAUGUGGAGAAGAAGGAGGUCCAAGAGGAAAGAUGGUCGCCAAACCGUUAAGAGCUUUAAAAACCAACAAUUACAUUUAGGGAGCGCCAACACAGGUGACACGUGGGCUCUUUCCUUUGUUUCUUGUCAGAAGGCGAAAACUGCAUCAUCAUGUCGAGGCGUCUUCUCCUUCGUCGUGUCCACGGACUUUGGCGCCACCUGCUGCUUAUCACAGUGAACUGAAACACGCGUCAUUCUUUUUACUGAUGGAAAAGUCAGUCGUCACCGACACUUUACCGUAACUCCUCGAUAGUUUGCCAUAUCUCGAACAGAGGUGUCAAACUGGCGGCCCGUGGGCCACAUGCGGCCCCCAAACUGAUGACAUGUGGUCCGCUGACUAUCAUCGUUAUAAUAAAAACAUUGGCUGUGACAGUGAUGUUUGCGAGCAAUAUUUUUAUUAUAAUAAUAAUAAUAACCACAACACAUGUGGUUGUAAUGAUCACAUCAUGUUUUACUUUAAAUACAUUAAAAUAUUAAUUACAGUUGUCCAUGUUUUUAUUUACUUGAUUUUAGAUGAAUUUGAUAUUCAUGUUGGUUUAUUUUGCGUCAUAAAUAUGUGACUUUUGUGAAGUAUAUGUCAUGCCAUGUCACAACAAGCACUUUUUGAAAUUCAGUGAAAUAUCAUCUUUAUUACAUUGUGAUGGAAUAUUGUGUUGUCGUCAACCUGCUUCUGAACGUUUCUUCACUUUUCUGCUCUUAGACCAGAUCAUUGGCCCCCAGGUCAUUUCAGUUUGACACCCCUGAUCUAGAAUAUUUAAAAAAACGACCAGAGUUAAUCGAGCUUUGCGCCCGUACACUUGUCAUUGCAGAAGAACCUCGGGACUUCUGCGGUACGACCGUCCAAUCACAGACGAGACUCAGCGACACAUCACACGCUGGUGACGUCGGCGUUGAAUAACUGCCAGAUAUCAAAAGUGAAAGUUAUCUUUUUUGACAAUUACAGCCAAAAAAAAUCGAAAUAAAUCAUGACGGUCAUCGGCGGGCUAACGCCAGGUGUGAACGCGCGAGGUCUGAUUACGCAGGACGGGAUGUUAACACCACAUCUGAAAGGGCCCGAGUAUCGAUCGGCCCCUGAAUGUACUCCAGAGGCCUCGUGUCCUGAUACGGUGUCAGUGUCUGCUUGCAUCGGACAAAAGCCACGACGGAAUCAUUAAAAGUGUCGGGGUCACUUCUGUCGCUCGGCAACGAGCCAGAAAAAGCUUGUCGUUUCUGUAAAAAAAUAAAAAGAAAGGAGGAAAAACACUUGUAUAGAAGAACUUUCCACUGCGGGGAACCUGAAGAGCAUCGGACAGAAGACGGGAUUUAUUCUGAGUUUUACUCACUAAAGGAAAACAUACAGUGAUAUCCCUCCCGUAGACAUAAGUACAUUACAGCACAGCCUUAUGAGAAAUAAAUAUGGUUUUCUAUACUGAUA